AUGCGUGUCUCCAUCAUCACACUCGCGGCUCUCAUGACCGCAGCCUAUGCGCUCCCCAGUCUUGCUCCGAAUGUCGACUCCCUCGCCAUUCGCGAAGAGGCUAUGGGCGACAAUGCUGCUAGCGCCAACGUCGAUGCGACCGAUGCCCACAAGAAGCCCGAAGACAAGAAGAAGCACCAUCACCACCAUGGCGCACACAAGCACCAUGAUAAGCCAAAGCAUGACGGGAAGAAAGACCACAAGGAUGAUAAGAAGGAUGAGAAGAAGGACACGCACUACCUAGCUGCUCGGACCGCCGAGCCUGAGGAUGCUCACAUGCCGAAGGACGGCAAAGAUGACAAAGACGGAAAGAAGAAAGAACACCAUCACCACCAUCACCACAAGGGAAAGAAGCACGGAAAGGACGGAAAGAAAGAUGGAAAGAUGGACGGAAAGAAGGAUGAGGGAAAGAUGGACAAGGGAAAGAAAGCCGAUGACAAGGAUGAUAAGAGCUGGAACUGA